CAAUACUAGUUAACAAACCACCGGUUUACAAGCCAACUCUUGGAUUAAGACCUUAUACUCCAACAAGUAUAAAAAUCGAUGAUACCAUGCAUUUAGUAGUAUCACUCACCUGCACUAAAGGCAUGACUUCUUAUAAUUUCUUAUUCUUUCUAGUUGUGUUCCUUGCAUCUAUGAUGCUUGUCCCUCAAGCGCUUCUUGUUGAAGCGGUUAAUAAGCCAUUGUCAGUCACCACGCCACAUCGGAUUUACUGGCCACCACCACCAGAAUAUCAAAGGUACUCUCCUUCAGUAAAAGAGGUUAACGAGCCAUUGUCGGUUGCCACGCAACUUCGGAGACAAAGGCCACCGCCAGUGUCUUGGCUGCCACUACAAAAUUAUCAAAAGUACCAUCCUUCAAUAGAAGAGGUUAACGAGCCAUUGUCGGGAACACCGCCACCUCAUGUUUACUGGCCACCACCAUUGCCGCCACCAACAGAUUAUCGAAGGUGGUGUAAGCAUGCAAUUUAGAUCAUGGCUUUGGUUAAAAGCAAAAGCAAGGGGGUUUUCUGUGUCGCACUAUGAGUGGGUUUCAAAUCCCAAUAUCUGCAUUAAUCUGUUGGGUGAAUGAAAGUAAAUAUUGAUUCUGGAAGUCUGGCUUGUGUGUUGUCCCCGUGAAGCUUUUUGCUGAGAUAAAUACGUUGGAUGGAGCUCCCUUUUCAUGUGUUAUUAUCAUGGUUUAUUGGGUUAUUAACAGGUCUUUGUUGGUGUAGCAGGUUAUUUUUGUGCAUAUGGCAGGUGGUGGGGCUAUCCUCCAUGAUGGUGGUGUGACAUUCUUAUGUUACCAUACGAUUUGCAUGCAUCAGGUGGAGUGAUUUUUGGAUGUAGAGUUGGCUUCUGGAGAGGAUUUGAUUUCUGGAGAGGAUUUGUUUGGAAUCCAAGUUGGGAACUUUGCAUCCACGAUGAGAGGGCCUUUUGAAGAUUUCAAGUGAUGAAUAAUAUCAAGCAGAUCUGGAUUGGCAGCACUUUGGCUAGCUUAUUGUGCUAUGUUUUCUUUUAGACCUCCUUAGAAGUUCCGCUUUGAUCCUAGCGAGGGGUACUCUUUUUCCUUACUAGGUUUUCCCAUUGGGGUUUUUCCUAGUAAGAUUUUAAUGAUGCCUCUCUCUUUGAUCUUGCUUCCAAGGUGGGGGUGGGGGUGGGUUCUUUUUGAGCAUUAGUUUGGCUCCUUUGAUACUACUAUUUCUUUUUUUCUUUACCUGUAUUUUCUUGUAUUGGGUUGAAGUACCCCUUGUACUUCUCUUCAAUAUAUAUAGUCCAUUGCUUAUCAAAAAA